GCGCCGCUACCACUGACGUGUCUUUCCCGGAGCCAGCGGCCGAGGCGCGGACGUCGGCCGCCGCCAUGGGGAUUAAAUUUCUAGAAGUUAUCAAGCCCUUCUGCGUCAUCCUGCCAGAAAUUCAAAAGCCAGAGAGAAAGAUUCAGUUUAAGGAGAAAGUGCUAUGGACUGCUAUCACACUCUUCAUCUUCUUAGUGUGCUGCCAGAUUCCUCUCUUUGGUAUCAUGUCAUCAGACUCAGCUGAUCCUUUCUAUUGGAUGAGAGUGAUUCUUGCCUCAAACAGAGGGACACUAAUGGAACUGGGCAUUUCACCCAUUGUUACCUCUGGCCUGAUCAUGCAGCUGCUGGCUGGGGCAAAGAUAAUUGAAGUUGGCGACACCCCAAAAGAUCGUGCUCUCUUUAAUGGAGCGCAGAAGUUGUUCGGCAUGAUCAUCACGAUUGGCCAAUCUAUUGUGUAUGUAAUGACGGGAAUGUAUGGCGACCCUUCUGAAAUGGGGGCUGGGAUCUGUCUGCUUAUCACCAUUCAGCUUUUUGUUGCUGGACUGAUCGUCCUUCUUCUGGAUGAGCUCCUGCAAAAAGGGUAUGGCCUGGGCUCUGGAAUCUCUCUCUUCAUUGCCACCAACAUCUGUGAAACCAUUGUGUGGAAGGCAUUCAGUCCCACGACAGUCAACACUGGCAGAGGCAUGGAAUUUGAAGGAGCCAUCAUUGCUCUGUUCCAUCUGCUGGCUACUCGUACCGAUAAGGUCCGCGCCCUCCGUGAGGCUUUCUAUCGCCAAAACCUCCCCAACCUCAUGAACCUGAUUGCCACCAUCUUUGUCUUUGCAGUUGUCAUUUAUUUCCAGGGUUUCAGAGUGGAUCUGCCUAUCAAGUCGGCCCGUUACAGGGGUCAGUACAACACCUAUCCCAUCAAGCUUUUCUACACCUCCAACAUUCCCAUCAUCCUUCAGUCUGCCCUGGUGUCUAAUCUGUACGUCAUCUCCCAGAUGCUCUCUGCUCGUUUCAGUGGCAAUUUAUUGGUUAGCCUUCUGGGCACCUGGUCUGAUACUUCCUCAGGAGGACCUGCUCGUGCUUAUCCAGUCGGUGGGCUUUGCUAUUACCUGUCCCCUCCUGAGUCUUUUGGAUCAGUGUUAGAAGAUCCUGUCCAUGCAGUCGUGUACAUAGUGUUCAUGCUCGGUUCAUGUGCCUUCUUUUCCAAGACCUGGAUUGAAGUUUCUGGCUCCUCUGCUAAAGAUGUUGCUAAGCAGCUAAAGGAACAGCAAAUGGUGAUGAGAGGUCACAGAGAAACUUCCAUGGUGCAUGAACUCAAUAGGUACAUUCCCACCGCUGCUGCGUUCGGCGGGCUGUGCAUCGGUGCCCUCUCGGUCCUGGCGGACUUCCUCGGCGCCAUUGGGUCUGGAACUGGAAUCUUGCUUGCCGUCACCAUCAUUUACCAAUACUUUGAAAUUUUUGUAAAGGAACAGAGUGAAGUUGGCAGCAUGGGGGCUCUUCUGUUCUAAACCUGUCUCAUGGACCCAGCAGUAAAGAAGGUGUUCUAAAACUGCUCAGGAGGGGGGUGGGGGUGGGGAUAACCAAACCUCUGUAAGAAGCUCUUAUUGGAGGGAAGUCUUCAUGGCAUAAGAACUUAAGUUUAAUAUGUGCAAGUGGCAUAACCUUUCAGUCUACCUUUUUUUUUUUUAGUAUGUGUGCAUUUUAUAGAAGUGCUGGAAAAUGUUCAAAAUCCUCGUGAAGAUUUAUUUUUAUCUUGCCGUAAACAAAAAUGACCGUCCAAAUUGGGGUUUGCUCAGUUGACUUAUCUGAAGGGAUGAAAAGGGUCCAUUUGGUAAGGAGAGAGUUCCUAUCUUCUCUCUCAUACCUGUGUUUGCAGCUAGUUGUAUUUCAGUAGUGCUAGCUGUAGCUGGAAUUCUCCAGCAACCAAAGGGUUCUGUGAUUCUGGUUGUAAGCACACCCAGCGUUCAGCUGGGGUUGGGUGGGGGCCGCAGGAGGUGUCUGGGUCCUGGCAGGGGUGGGGAAAGGGUUUGAAACUUUUGAAGACAAGUCUCUCCUUCCAAACUAUUGUUGAAUUUUUUUGAUUAUUUCUCCGUGGUAAUUACUGAGCACUUAAUAUGUUCAGAAUGCUGUACUAAACACUUGGGAGAGUACAGUACAAUCAUCAGUCUCCCCACAGCAGCCUUGCUUCCUCCAGGGUAAGAAAACUAGUGAGCCUGAGACAGAGUGAAAAAUUGAAAACAGUGGCUGUCCUCAUUAGCUUCGUUAAUUAAGCUUUGAGGACCAAAAUAGUAGAAAUGUCACGUCAUUGCUUCCUAAAAGCUGUCAUUUGUGUCUUUUGAGGAAAGUCAAGGUUAUUUAGCUUUCAAAAGUCGAUCAUUUUUGAGUAGAUGGUCUGUCUUUGACGACUCUCGGAGAUGGGUUGCUCUAAAACAAGAUUUGGCAAGGUAUGGCUAAUGGGCCGUACUUGGGCUGGCCCUGCGCCAGUGGCUUCCUCCCCCACCAGCUCCGCCUUCCUUCUGUUCUAGUCGUGGGGGCAGAUAACAACCUCCCAGCACACUGAGACUUAAGUCCUAAGACCCGUAACUUGUGGGAGUUACUUACUGUUCCUGAGACCGGGUUGGAGGCAGGAAAGAGCUGCCCUACUGGGCAGGUGGACCUGUGCCACCACAAUUUGUCAGCACCGUUGGCCCAGGGAAGACUUGCCAAGAUUGCAAAACGAUCGCCCACCUCUUUUCCAGAAUCACCCGCCUAGCUCGAGUUGCACCCAAUCAGUCAGUCACUAGUAUUUAUUGAGUGCCUGCUGUGUGCAGAACACUGUACUACAUGUGUGGAAAAAUUCAGUAGAGUUAGAAGACAUGAUCCUUGACUUCAACAACCCUCUCCAUAUCUGGUCUAAGCCUUCUGGUUUUGUGUGAGUUUUUUUCCCCCUCCCCUUUGGUAGAAUUUGCUCUGCAACAAAAUCAUGUGACUCACUGCCCACUUCCCUUUGGUCAAUCCAGUAGUAUUUAUUGAGCACCUACUGUGGGCAAAACACUGUACUAAGCACUUGGGAGAGUACAGUAGAAGUACUGGACAUGAUCUCUGCCCUCCAGGCGCUCACAAUCUCGCAGGGAGGACAGGAAGACCGUGAAAUGGAGAGAAUGAGUUGUGAAGGGAAGGUCCUGUGGUUUUCAAAGCCAGUCAGUUCAACCAGAUUGAGGGCCCAAGAUGGUUCCAAAGGCAUACUGAAAAAUCCCCCAGUUUCUAGUUUUAUGACUUCUUUUGUGGUGGUUGUUGUGCAUAGGACCAAACAUGUGCAGUGUGUGUUAGGUUGCCCAUGAAUCUGCUUCUGUCACAAAUCAGUAUUGUUCAAUAAAGUCAUUCGGAACAGUGAAAUCG